GGGGUCAAGGUGGGUGCGAAGUUGCCCCCGGGACCAAGCAGUAAAGGAUGAGCUGCGGAACCCGCGCUUUCCCGCUCAGCGGCUUUGACCGCGGCGCUGGCAGCCGGACCGAGGGGCAGCUGCUCCUCAACGCCCCUGGCAACUCCCCGUGACCAGCAGAGGAAGGAGUUCCGACAGGUGGUCCGGAGACAGACCUUAUAAUCGCAGUAAACUUUUAUUAAAGUGCGGUUAACAACUUUUUCCAAAAGUGGGUGGAUCCUUGUUUCACAUUGCGUACUCCAUACAGGAUGCAGUCCAGGCUCUGAACACCUUGCAGACCAAUGCCAGCACUCUGGAGCAGAUCCGCCGGGAUCGGGAGCGUGGUCAAACACGGGGCACGUUGGAAGCAAUGAAAUCCUUCGUACAUCGAGCUGGCAUGACGAUCGAAGAACUGGACCAGCUUGCCAUCAUUCAUGUGACUGGGACAAAGGGAAAGGGUUCCACGUGUGCAUUUUGUGAAAACAUAUUACGUAAUUAUGGAUUGAAGACUGGAUUUUACAGUUCCCCACACCUGGUACAAGUGAGGGAGAGAAUUCGGAUCAACGGCAAACCAAUCAGCAAAGAUCUCUUUACAAAGUACUUCUGGCAAGUGUAUAACCGAUUGGAAGAAACAAAGGACCGUGACUCCGGGGCUAUGCCUGCGUACUUCCGUUUCCUCACCAUUCUUGCCUUCCACAUUUUCCUGCAUGAAAAGAUUGACGUCGCAAUAUUAGAGGUCGGAAUUGGUGGAGCUUAUGAUUGUACCAAUAUAAUCAGGCAUCCCGUAGUGUGUGGAGUGUCAUCACUGGGGAUAGAUCACGUCAGUAUCCUGGGCGACACCAUGGAGAAAAUAGCAUGGCAGAAAGGAGGAAUAUUCAAGCCGGGAGUCCCAGCAUUCUCAGUGCCACAGCCCAGUGGACCAAUGGCUGUCCUCGUUGAAAGAGCAAAAGAGAUUGGAUGUUCUCUGCAGCUAUGCGCAGAUCUGGAGGACUUCCAGUCUGAGAGGGAGAAGCUGACCUUGGGUUUGGCCGGAAACCACCAGAAAUUAAAUGCAUCGCUGGCGUUGCAGCUAUGUCGGGCGUGGCUCCAGUAUCAUCACCACCCAGAUUUCCCACAACUCCAGGGAAAGCAGGACCAUGCUGAGCAACACUUGAAACAGAGCUUGCCUGUCAGCUCAGCUUUCUGCCCGAGCACAGCCAUGGUGGAAGGAUUACGCAAUACUGAAUGGCUGGGUCGUUCGCAGAUCCUGAAACGUGGCUCUGUGACAUAUUACAUUGAUGGUGCUCAUACGAUUGGUAGUAUAAAGGCCUGUGUCAUGUGGUUUCGGGAGCAAUCGUCGAAGGAAGCUAAAUCAGUGAAGGGUCCUGUGGUCCGCUUGCUGCUUUUCAACACUACAGGCGAGAGAGAUGCUGCUGCACUCCUCAAGCUGCUGGCGCCAUGUCAAUUUGAUUUUGCUGUUUUCUGCCCCAACCUCUUGGAUGUAGCUCAGAAGAAUCCGAAUCCUGAUCAGAAAAAUUACACUGUGUCUUUGGAGAAUAUGCUGAGCCGGUGCCUUGAGAAUCAUCACGCUUGGUGCAAGCUGACAGAGGUCAAGCGGGACAAUUUGUGGGGCUCUUUGGGAAGUGCUCUGGAGAGCCCAGCCGUGUUGGUCAAGAAGGGCGACUUGGAUGGGGGAGCGUUGCUGAUGAAUGAACUGGAAUGUGAGCUGAUGACGGCCCGUGCACUUGUCUUCCCCUGCAUCAACAAGGGCUUGCAGUGGGCGACACAAGGUCGUGACCCUGUCCUCCAGCCUGCCUUGGCUACCCCCCUUCACAUCGCGGGGGCGAUGGCACUGAAGGAAGCUUCCACCUUACAGAUCCUGAUCACGGGCAGCCUCCACCUAGUGGGCGGGUGCCUGAAACUUCUCGACCAGUCUUUGUCUCAGUAAAAGCCGACUGUGUGUGUGCGUCAGAUAUGGCUUCACAGCCCUCUCAGGAGGAUGGGUGGACGGUUGCCAGGUCCAAUGUGAUAUUGAUUGUACUUGACUCUAUUCAAGCACGAUAACUUGAAAUGUGAAGGGACACCAUUAACUUGAGUCCGGUAGAAUCUGCGAUGAACUCUUGCUUUCAUUCAGCCCAAAGUAGAUGUGUGAUUGGAUCAUGGCAUUUUAUUUUUCAGGCAUGAUUAGUGUGUGAAAUGAUCAUCCAGUUUUCAAGCCUAAUAAUAUGUACAGUUUAAAAAAAAAUUUGCACAUGCAUUAUUUAUUAAAAGAGAAUUAAUUAUCACGGUUACAAAUAAGGCGGAGAGCCAGGGAUUGUGAUCUGGGUAGUGUCACUUUGAAACUUUGGCUGAUAGUGCUUGUAUGGUAAUGGCUGAGGUUUCUCAAUCGCUUCCUUCCAAGCACUGCUAGCUCAAGAUGGAGGAGGGGGGGUGGAUGCUUCAAUGCACUUUGUGGCUCUUUUUUAUCAGAAUUUAUUUUGAAGCCAUCCAAAAGAUGGCAUUGUAAAUCAUCAUAACGUGAAAGAAACAACCCACACCACCAACAAUGUCUGAACGGUGAACUCGUAGCGGAGCAGCCCAAUGCAUUUCAGAGUGAAUUGAGACUUGUUUCGCUGUUGGAUAACUGUAACACACAAAGCAGGAUGGGUUUAAUUAUGCAACACCCCUCAGUGCGAACGACAGUGGAAAGCUGUGUCAGUGGGAUUUCACCAAGUCAGGCCUGGAAGCAGGCAGGUGGAUGGCCUGUCGACACUGCUGCUCCAUGCUCGGUCAGAGUUGGUGAAGUCUAGUGAAGUUCUAAAUCAAUCCGCUUUAUCUCUGUAAAUAUCAAUAGAAUCAACAUCUGCAAUAAUUUAAAACAAAUUGGAUUCAGCUCCUCUGUUCCAGAGUUCUGAGAACUGACUCCCAAGAACUUUCUGGGAUGUUGUGCUGUGGAGAGAUCAUGUGCCUUAUACCAUAUGCAAACUAACAUGUUAAUACCUUUCUUUCACUGUUAUGUGUUCAUAUUCAGGUUAUAAUGAGAAUGGCAAUGUGCCAAAUGAGGCUCGAUACCAUUCCAUUUGUGAUUCCACUGUGUGGUAUAUUUUAAUCUCAGCAGUACCGUAGAGGGUAAAAGAGAAUUUUAGAUCAGGAUUGCAGGAGAGAUCAAAGGAGGAGUUCUGUACAUCAUUUAGUGGUUAAUUAGAGUAGAGCUGUUGCAGCUGGAGAUCAGUUGCAGCUUCAGUAAUUACCACCGUCUAUAAGCAUUGAAGCACAAUCUGUAAAUGUGUUUUAGUGCAGAGAGUAAAAUGCACAUAGUUAAAUAAGACAAUUUAACUUGAAGAAUUAAGUCGCAAAGUGGUGCAGUAAUCAGCAGGUCAGGCAGCAUCCCUGUGACCCGUUGAGUUACUCUAACACUUUGUGUUUUUUUUUGUAAGCCAGCACCUGCAGUUCCUUGUUUCUACAUCUUGAGGAACAAUGUGCUUGCUCCUGAUUCCAAUGCAGUGGCUCUAAGGCUAUGGUGUAACUAGUACUGUGAGUCAAUGUCUACAACGAGCACUUCUGUUGACUGGCCUUAGCAUUGUCAACUGAUGAUUGCUUUGGUUCCAUUAUGCUGUCUUAAGUUCCUGAUCCAGAGUGUAUUCCCAGCAGCAUUAUAGUCAGAGAUGUUGUAACGUUCCCUUUGAACACAGCGAAUGUAUGCAGACCAUGUUUCAGUUUGUGUUCAUUCCCAUUGCGUUGCCACUCAUGGAGUUCACCAAGUGCAGGCCACCAGCAGCUCAGAGACAAACUGAAAGCCUUGCUUUUCAUAUUGCAGGAGCUAACGUCUUUGUCUUGCGUAUGGCGUGCACAGCCUAAAGUUGUAGGUCAACUUGUUCUAUUUAAUCUAUUUGUUUGUGCACGUCGGUUGAUUGCAUUAGUUGAAACAGGGUGGACCAUGUGAAGAUAGGUAUAUGGACGGGAAAGGAAUGGAGGGUUAUGGUCUGUGCAGGUAGAUGGGACUGGGUGAGAGUAAGUGUUCGGCACAGACUAGAAGGGCCGAGAUGGCCUGUUUCCGUGCUGUAAUUGUUAUAUGGUUAUAAGGUUGCAAUCUUCCACCCCAGGAGCUAACUGUAAAGUAGCCUUGAUAGCAGGUUCCAAGAUGUUCUGAAAUUUCAGACUGGUGACACGAAUAAGAUGAUCUGUGAAUCCAGGAAAAGAUGAGCGUUCAAAUUUUCUGUUUUUGACCUCCCGAAAAAAAUGUCUGGAGCUGCGUGCAAUUGGCAGUUGAAGAGGAAUGUUAGUUCCCAAAAUAGCCGGCUGUAAUAAAUGGAUCUAAAUGUUGACAGUAGAAACAGGAAACUAUUUAAGGGUAGCUUUCAAACUUUAAUUGUGAAGUGGAAGUUCAAUAAAUCAUUAAACUUAAAUGAGUCAAGUCAGCUGUGUUAGGGAGAAUAAAUCUUAAAUUCAAGCUUGCUCUCUUGUGUUCCUGGUAGUAGCGUUAAAAUCUGGAAUAAUUAAGGUACUAUUUUCCUUGUGCCUGUGUGCAUGGAAAAAGUACCUGCUGUAUAGUUUAUUCUACAAUAAUGCCCCAUGGAAUAUUAACAUGAAAUAUGUGCCACCCACAAUGGGCAUGGAGUUCAAGCUGCUUUAUAUGUAGGGAUCCAUUGACCGAAUAAUUGGGUUCAUUUUUUGAAGCAUGACUGCAUUUUUUGGUUUAUUUAAUUUUAUGGUGAACCCAUCUCUAAACCUAACGUAGUUGUUGACUGUGUUGGAGAGUAAUUAACUGAUAAUUAUCAUUGGUGACCAAAAUAAAAGCUCAGGUUAUCGGAAUAACAAGACCUCCCUCAUGUUUUUGUGUCAAGGUUGUUUCCUUGAUGUGUUGCUUUACGUCAUUGAACUUGCUAUUGAGUGGGUCUUUAAGUGGGCUGCUGCCUUUGAAGGCGCAUGUCCAUGAUGGAAAUAGAGUAACCACUAAAGAGGAUUCUAAUCUGUUGGAGAGGCUGAGGAACAGUUUGAACCGUGGUGGCAGGGAAGGAGAAAUUGUUCAAAGUGCCAUAAUUCUUAUUAAAGAAUGUCUUUUUGAGACAGCUGUGAUUUUCAUGCAAGGAUCACGCAGGCAGUAUUGACUGCAUUGUUUCCUGUUUCUUGAAUGCACAACUUUUAACAUGAAAAUAUUCACAAAUUAAUUUGUCUUGUCAUUGCAUUUUUGUCUUAUUAAAGUUUCUGUUAAAAGAUGCGCCACAUAAGUUAAAGUUUAAUGCAUUGUCAGGUUGAGGCCAUCAAACGUUGUUUCUGUAUAAAUGAUUUUAGUGAUUUAUUGCUCAUGUUGAUGAAGGAAAUAAUUCCUAUGUCUUGCGUUUUGAUUUUGCUGUAAAUUUUACUACAAUAUUUAAAGUAAAAUCAUUAAAGAUCUGACCUUUUUUCAA